AUGACUCAUAUUCACCUUGAAGUCCACUAUGACUCUGAGAUCCCUUUCUGCUUCCGCGCUGUUGAGAGGGCCACUUCCCAGCCGGAUGUAGACUGGAAAGUGAGUCAGGAAGCUUUGGACUACUCUUAUUCUCAUAAAGGAAAUGAACAAUCAGACUUGCAAAAGCAGGAGGAAGAAGAGAUAAAGCAACUGCAUAAUGAAGAGAAUGAAAAAAGAAAUAAAACUGAUGGGGAAGAGAGUGAUAACAGAGAUUUUAGCACUGAGAGCAUAACUGAGAACAACUCUGCUUCUGAGUCUUCAGAAGAGCUAAUACAGGGUUACUCUUUUGGAGAAAUAUGGCAAGAUCUUCUCUCACCUGAGCCACAGAGAAAUUCACUGGGAGAUAUUCAACCUUUUGCUACUAGUAGCAGAAAUACAAAUUCAUCAUGUUCACAGUAUAAUGUCAAGCUGACCCAAGCUAUUAGCCAUGAUGUCAGUCUUCAUGAAGCUAUGUUUCUGAGAUCAAACAACACCACAAGGAUAAAACCAGAAAUGCGAAGCUUACAAAGACGAGAGCCUUUUCUACAAUUAAAUUCUAGCAUCACAAAUCAUGAACCACUGCUUAAUGGGACCAGUUUGAUGGGGCUGUUUCCAUCUGUUGAAAUUAGGAACCUAACAAACCAGGAUCAUCAAACAAAUCUUGAGGAAAAUAUAUUUGAUGAGAUAAAUACAAUGUCAUUAGCUUUGGAGGAAGGUUUUGAUCAUAUGGCAAUCUCCCAGCUCUUUGGAGAACUAGACUCUGAUUCUGGACUUUCUAUAAAUUCUAACCACAGCACUGCCUUUUCAAACUCUGAUUCAUCAGCUGCUUCAGUCUGCAGUGAAGGUGCCGUUGGUUAUAGCACUGAUGCCAGAUCUAUUUCCCAUAAUGUCUUAGGAGCUGUAGGGAAUCAUUUCCCAGAGCCAAGUAAAUAUUCCCAUAUGGAUUAUCAAAGAGAUUUAGACUAUUUGGGGAAAUCAACACUUCAACAACUUCUUCAUAAUCACACUUACAAUCAGCUGCCAAAUCAAUUAACAACCACUUCUGAGCAUUGUUCCUUGUUGCCUGGAAAACCAGAUGAAGAAAAGAGCAGAUGCCACAACAGUACAGAUGCAAAUCUUAGUCGUGACGAGUGCCAUGCAAAAGCCCUGAGAAUUCCAUUUUCCAUAGAUGAAAUUGUGAGCAUGCCUGUUGAUUUGUUCAAUAGCAUGCUAUCAACCUACUACCUGACAGAUUCCCAAAUAUCACUUAUACGUGACAUAAGGAGAAGAGGAAAAAACAAAGUUGCUGCACAGAACUGCCGCAAACGUAAACUAGAUGUGAUCCUGAACUUGGAAGAAGAUGUUUGCAACCUUCAAGCACAAAGGGAGAGCCUUAAGAAGGAGAGAACUCAGUGCAAUAAAUCAAUUAGCCUUAUGAAGCAAAAACUAUGUGACCUUUAUCGUGACAUUUUCAGUAGGUUAAGAGAUGACCAAGGUAGACCUGUUAACCCGAGCCAGUAUGCUGUUCAUUGGAGUAGUGAUGGCAGUGUUUUCAUAAUACCCAGGAGACUAGUCAAAUCUGAACAUAAACAAGAUGAGCAAAAGAACGGAAACAAAAAAAAGUGAUGUUAAUUUA